AUCUUCCGGAUGCCCAAUACCCGAGCCAAGUCCUGCGACAACUGCCGCGUGGCUAAAUCGCGAUGCUCCUUGUCGUCGCCAUGCUCGAGGUGCGCAAAGCGCUGUCUCCAGUGCCACUAUCCGCACAGCCUUAUCCGCAAUUCAGGUAACCAGCAACGCCGGAAGGAUUUCAGGCCAAUCUUGCCUGUUACAACUGCCCCGAUAGCCAUUCAAAAGAUCGUAAACAAUGGGCAUUUUCGAUCAGACAACUCAGUUUCUAUCGCAGAGAUCUCAGAUGCUGUAGCAACAGAACCAGGAAACUACUUUGCUGGUCCAGAUACAAACUUGGGAGAAACCACAUUUGAUGUUAUGCCUACAUUGGCCGAUACUAGUGCCAAAAUGCCAGACCUAGCUAUCUAUAAGAGCGAUUCAUUUUCAUCUUUUGAUGUUUCUGCAGCAUCAACAUUCCCUCAUGGGAUAACUCCGUCGCUGGAUAACCAGGGAGAUUCUGAUAACAGCUCUAUAUCACAGUAUUUUAUUAAUCCUUUGUCUACAUCCGAUCCUAUUUCACUUCCAUUUCCUAUGUCGAGCUUUGGCCUCAGCACCGCAUCCUGUCCUAUGCCGGCCAGCAUCAGUUUCAACAGCACGGAUUUUCUCAUGACGACGAUGGACUCAGUUGAUACCCCAGGCAAACCUCCUCUUUCGAUGCGUGAGAGAUCAUUUCAGCAAGGAUCUUUGACUGCCAAGAUGAUAUUAAGUCAGCUGGUUGACUACACCCGUCGCAUUGCAGAGGGUAGAAACUUGCCACCUUUCAUACAUCCCCCAUGUUUCCUUAGUCAAAAUGACGAAUGCCCUUCAGAGGCACCUCACAGUUGUUUGCCUGAAUCUCUGGCUAUUUGCAGAAAUUUAAUUCAAAUAUUUUAUUCUCGAACCUCGGAAAGCGGUCCUUUUAUUUGGCGACAGAUAUAUACCCACCUGCGCGAGAUGCGCGCCGAGUAUGAAAAUUACGAUACAGAAAAUAUGCUACACGCUUUACAAGCGGCUUUCAUUUACGGCCUAUUAUGUUCACAGUGCACGGAGUCUGUCCCAGAUGAGGAUAUAGACUGGCUGAUUUCGACAACAGAGAUUUUUGCUCGCCGAUUAUACAGCAUUAGCUCAUACGACCGAGGUUUAGACUACGCAUCCUUGUCUCGCAGCAAAUGGGUCUUUGUGGAGAGCCAAAGAAGGUCAAACUCCUUCGAAGGGGAGAUGCCCGGAGUUUGUCCAUCUGCCUUUGCCCUGUACCCGCGAACUUUGGCAGCCUAUAUCCGACAGAGACUGGAGGAAAAGAUAUAACGAGGAGAAUAACUCCAAAAUAAUGAAGGGAAAUCGAGGUCUGACGAUGGGAAACUUAUUUUCACUUAGGCAGUCUUUGUCUCGUGGCGAAAACUUUCUCAAGACAGCUAAAGCUGAUCUUGCGAAAGAACUGGCCGAAUGGGUUGAGAAGGUGGACGAUUUAUCCAUGCUUUUGUGGAUGGCGCUUACACUAGAAGGCGAUGGACAAGCGAAAAUGAUACAAGGAACGUUGGCGGUGGAAUGAGGCGAACCUAGGACGCUCUAGAAGCUGCAAUUUAGGAGAAGGAUGGACAUUUCUCCCUCUGUAUAUAAACUCGAUGUGUUAUG